AUUUUGGUUCAAUUUAUCUUUUGCUUGAUAGUGAGAAGAGCACAUCAUUAUUGGUUGGUUGAUGCACAACGCUGACUUUCUUUUGAACUAAAUGGGUGACAAGGAGGGUCAAGCAGAACGAGAGGAAAAUGUAUUUCAUUCCUUGAACCACAACGAUAUUAACGAUGCCAUCAUUACCUGUUUUAAUACUAACAAGCACAAAAAUUGGGCAAUUGGGAGAUCAGUUGUUCUGACUAAGGAAACAAAAGAACAUGAAAAAAAAAUGCAAAAAGGAAAGGAUUUUGUGGAUGCAUUAAAUAAAGUACGAAAAAUUGAGGCUGUGCCUGAUAAAAUCGAUCCUAUAAUUGCACAACGGUUUUGGGGAUUCAGAAAAAAACCCAGAAAGAAAAACGUCCUCACUCUUCCAAACGGCGCACUUGUGACAUUUGGCGAAGUUAUCGCUCUCGCAGGAGAUUAUUAUGGCAUCCCAGAUGCUCCUAUUGCUGAUCCAUUGUUAAGAAGCGAUCAAACAGAUUCUGGAGCUCAUGUGAGGUUUAAAAAUGCUUAUGCUACGCUUGCACUCGUCCCGUAUGAAGGCGAACACAAGGAGCGACUGGAUAAGCUAUUGGAAAUGAUGGCUGAAGAUACCGAGGACACAAAACAAGGAUGUCACCAUAAUGAUAUGGAAUGGGAUGAGGCAACUGGUGGGGCGUGGUUAGCGGGUUUACCAAUCAUUAGUGGUAUUAUGAUGAAACUGGCUAAAAAAAACUACGAUCAUUUUUUGCCUAAUGCUAAGAUAGCAUAUGUUGCCGGUCACGAGUAUGCUAUUGAAAAAGCCAGGGAGGGUGGUCGAAGUCGAGAAGACAAAGAGCGAUUGCUAUCUAUUGCUCUUUCAAUUGACGCGUUUGCGUGUCAUUUCCUUACGGAUGCGUUUUCCAGUGGACAUUUGAGAACACCGAGAGUCGAGUUGGCAAUGAACGUCACUCCAAGCAACAUCGGCCAUCUUCUUUGCAAAUACAUGCAUGAUGAAGACAACAAUUUUGGUCUUCGUGUUACCAACGUACGUGGAGAUAAAUGGAUUGCUUAUGGGGAUGGAAUGCUCAUGAAAAAGUGCAACAAGCGAAAUUACCAUUUGGCUGUGGAAGGGGUUCAGAUUUCAGUUGACCAAAUAGGGCGAGCCUUCAAUAAUCCUGAUAUUGAAUUGGAUCCAUGUGAUGUCACUGACCUUAUACCAUUUGUGGACGUAAAAGGAAAGAAUAACACCCCAUUGUUUCAAGUCAAAGAUGGUAAACUUCAUCGUAGAUCAGAUAUCAAUGAUCUUCAAGAUAAGAAAACUAUCACGAACUGGUGGGGAGCAACGACUGCAGGAAAUUUACAAUGGUGGCAUGAGCCGAAAAAUUCAGCUAUAUAACCGGCCUCCUAAUGCAGGAACAUCUUAUUCAUUUUAACGGUCUGUUUGCGUUUACUAAUCAUGCUUAUUACGCUUUUAUUAAAAACUAUUUUGAAUACUGAAAACUUAUUACCCAUUUUCUAGGAAUAUCGACGUGUAACAACGUUCUAAUUAAAUAAAUUGUUUAA